AUGCCCGGCAAUGUUACUGUGUUGUGCUAUAUUACUGAACAUCGUAAAAGUUCUGCCAAUUCAAUGUUUAUAUCUGACUCUUCAGGAGUUAUUCGUUCUCGAAGCCUGGACUCCCCAUUAAAAAUUUUUUUGAAAGGAUUUUAUCCACAAGGCACAUCCGAAGAAUUAAGCCUUCCUUCAUUUGAUGUUGAAGAUGUAGUUAUCGCAACUGGUAAAUUCCGUAUUGUAGAAUAUGUUAAUGAAACAAAUGAAAAAGUUCCUACUUUAAAGAUGGUUUUGAAUGAUCUUGUCCAUCUUAAUAUAAAACCAAACAAUCUCCCAGAAUUUCCAAUUUUAAUUAAUAUGACUGCAGUUGUAGAAGAACCUCCAACCAUUAGUGAUGAUGUUACCAUGUUAGUUAUCAUGCACGAUCAUAUAGAUCAAGAUUUGAUAAAAAUUUCAAUGAAAUGCUAUUACUCAACAUCUGCACCGCAUUUAAUACAUGAAUCAAAAGACCCAGAUAAAACAAACAAGACCAGUGUUGACCAAACAAUAGCUGAAAGAGUAAAUAACAAUGCUAAACGAACUAAAAUCACAUCUUCAUCUGAAAUUCUAUCUUUACCUAAAGCUUCAUCUCUGCCUAAGACCGUAUCACCAUCUGAAGCUUCGUCUUCAUCUCAAGUUUUAUCUCCGUCUAAAGCUAUGUCUCCAUCUAAGGUUGUGUCUCCGUCUAAAGCUUCAUCCUCAUCUAAAGUUCAAUCUUUAUCUAAAGUUUCACGUUCACGUAAAGCAUCAUCCUCAUCCAAAACUUCAUCUCCUCCAUAUAAACGUACCAGAAAUAAUUGCAAAGUAUCAGACCUGGCUAAAGAAGCGUUAGCUAAUCCAGAUAGAUUAGAUACAUCAUCUGCUACUUCUGCUGAUUCUCAACUUGAAUAA